AUGAAAAAUAAUACUAAAAUAAUAGAAACUAAAUGCAGUAUGGAGCAAAUAAAUGUAUCUCCAAAAUACUAUGAUAUAAUUUCCUUUGGAUAUUUUCCAAAUUAUUUUAAUAUUAAUAAUUCAACAAAUUCUAUUGAAAAUCAAUCAAAUAAUAUUAAAGAAUAUAAAAUUUCCAUUUUGGAAGAUUUCCAAGAAAAUGAUAAUCAAACUAAUAAAUUAUGUACAACUAUAACAAAUAAUAUUAAAAUCAUAAAAAAAAUCAGUAAAUCAAAAAAAUUAAAUUCAAAAUCACAUAUUUUUAAAAAAAGAAAUUUUAAAUCAAAUUGUACUUCAUCAAAUCAAAAUUCAAAUAAUGUAAUUGCAACUUUAAUUUUACCAAAAAUUGAUGAUAAUAAUAAUAAUAAUAAUAAUGAUCAAAUUGAAAAUAAUUCAAUUAAUUGUAUAAAUAAUAAUAAUAUUAAUAAUAAUAUAAAUGAAAAUAAUAAAUUUACAUGGGUUUACUAUCAUUAUGAUUGUAAUGGUAAAAGAAAAUCAAUAUACGAUGAUAAUGAAAUGUCAGAAUUGUCAACUACCCCAUUUCCAAAAAAUCAUAUUUGUUCAAAAUGUUCAUCUAGCCAACGUUCUGUAUUUAAAUUAAAUAAAUUUGGUAAAUUAGAUUGCUCAUUUUGCUUAAAUAAUAAUAAUAAUACUACUACUACUACUACUACUACUCCACAACCAAAUUCCGAUUUUAAUUAA